AUGACAUUUAAAGCAACCACCCUUCCACUCGUUAUUGCAGUUUUUGUUUUCUAUUUCCUCGACGGCGUCUACACUUUCACUCGUUUGUUGGAUUCGCUGGUCAUUGCUUUUAUUAUUGCCGUCUUCGUAAACCAGCUUGUUCAUUCCACUCGACCUUCGAUUACGGCACUCCUGAAAAAGUGUUCUCCUUUACUGCUGCUUUCUGCCAACCCCUGUGUAUCCAACGACAACCAUACCCAUCACCAACACCACCCAACAUCGUCUAUAUCCACUAUCAACGAUUGCCCUGAUACGUCAAAAACAGCUGAUGUCUUAUCCAAUGAACAGUUGAAUCAAAAGGAUGACACCACCACAACACAAUCAAUGCAAAGUGAAACAACCGAAUCAUCAUCAGAAACAACGACGUCGACGACGUCGACCGAAGAGAAGCAACAUCCUUUAUCGAUUCGAAAUGAUAGUUCAAUCAUGAAUGAAAAAAUGGAUCAUCCAACAACAUCAUCGUCAUCAUCCUUCGACUCGGCUGAUACAGUGGGACAAGAGCCGAAAAGUACCGAAGCAGGGCCAUUUUUUCCAUUGACGAAUUCACGUUUGGAACAACAAUGGACAUCACGCCUUGAACGUCAUGGUGCACAAUCAUCAUCAUCAUCCAAAACACCCAUCUCAAAGCGUCCACCACCACCCACGCCUAUCAUGUCGUUCUCUACUCCUGUGCAUCAACACCACCCUCGUCGUUAUUACUUUCGUGAUGAACCUUCACCCAUAAGCCCACCCGCUUUAUCACCUUCACUCUCUGUGAGCUCCAUUGGUUCCACAUCAGCCUAUGAAUAUGACUUGGUACGUCUACGACGAUCAUCGCGUGUUGAAGAAAUGAUACGACAAUUCGAUGGUGGAUGUAGCAGCAGCCAACCAUCAUCACCCAUGCAGCAUCAACGACGAAAUAGUGUGGGAUGUGGACCAACAGCAACAUCAUCAUUAUCAUCUUCAACCAGACCUUUGAUCAAAAGUCGCACAUUCGGAUUCAAGCCCAUCGUUGGUGUCUGGGAACAAAGGAUAGCAGAAACAGCAGAUGAAUGUAGUAGUUGA